AUGUUAGGAGAGGGCCGAGAGGAGGCCGCUAGGCUAUAUGUCCCCCCAUUGCUUGAUGAUGACGAACGUCUUAACGAUCCCGACGCUUCCGAAGAUUUACCGCCGCCUGAUGUUGAGGCAGGCAGCGCGCUUCCCGUCUGGCUGCGCGAGUCAUCAAAGUCAUUUCGCUGGGGAUGGGUACCGCUACCUCUCCGAAAGGUCGGUCGCGCGACCGCCAAUUGGGUUAAGGGUCCCGAUCCGCCGCAUAUGCUUUUGUUGAAGCCGCUGUUUCCGCGAGUUCAAGAGCUUCCAGUCCAAUAUUUUGACCAUCUAUUUCCCAAGCGCAAAUUUAAGACAGUACUCUUAUUGCUGCUCUAUAUAUCUUGGUUCUUGCCUUGGUUCUUGGUUUUAUUACACUCACGCUCUUCCGGUUACAUCGAAGGAUAUGGCCAGCCUCAGACGCUGUCCUGCUCAACGAACUUCUGGGAAUUUGAAAAUGGAUGUGGUAUUAACGGAAAUGACUGCCGUCCAUUUUCUUCUUCAACUAUCCCCUUUCGGUGUCCUGCGAAUUGCCGUGAUACCAAAUUAUUAGAGCCCCACGUUGUGGGAAAUCAUACAUACAACUACCAAGGCCUAGUCAUUGGUGGACCUAAGCCAGAUUCCUCUGACCCGGCACUUUACCGUGCGGAUAGCUUUAUCUGCCAGGCAGCAAUCCAUGUCGGUGCAAUCUCGAACGAUGGCGGCUGCGGUGUUGUUAAACUUGAGGGCGCAGCUCACUCUUUCCCAUCAGUCAAGCAAUAUGGAAUUCUCUCUGCCGGCUUCCCAUCGACUUUCCCGAAGGCUUUCAGCUUCGUCCAGCUAUCCUCGCCGCAAGCCAGCUGCCCACCAGAUCCACGCUGGACACUCCUUGGAAUCACCGCUGCUGCCGUUGGUCUCCUGUGGCUCUUUUGUACAUCACCACCUGUACUCUUUUUCAGUACAUUCUUCAUGGUGUUCUGUCAUACAGGACUUGUUGGAGACCCGCCCUCGUAUCCUCUCUUGACCGACCUCGUCUCCAGUCUUUUAUCACGACUACUGCCUGCAUCGUUUGUCGUUUACGUUCUCUACAAGUUCUGUGCAGCGCCGCUUUUGGCGCCACUGUCCUCGCCUAUCUACCAGCUUUCAAAGUUGUUCCUUUUCCUACCUCCGCUUUUUAUUGGAGCCUUGAACAACUAUACCUUUGCGCGCUUGAUUCCCUUGCAGCGUUUGACACCGAUGGACAUUCAGAAACAACCCGGGGCAAAGGUGGCAUUGGCCUUUGUCAUCCCCAUUGUGAUUUCGGUUAUCUUAAGCCAGGCGUGGCAAAUUCGCCAGGCAGGUUUGCUCCCACGGUAUUUGAAAAUAUACUGUACCAUGGGGCUCAUCAUCUUGGUAUUGCUUCCCCUCCCUGGUCUUCGUCUUCGAAUUCAUCAUUAUAUCCUCGCCAUCCUCCUCAUGCCGGGCACCGCCUUCCCCACUCGGCCGUCGCUUAUCUACCAGGGUCUACUUCUGGGUCUAUUCAUUAAUGGAGUUGCGCGGUGGGGCUUCGCCUCGAUCAUCGAGACACCGGCAGCUCUAGGAGAGCAAGCACCGCUCGGGGAUGGAAUCCAUGGCUGGUGGGGUGCUACCUAUCCAAAUAUCACGACCGCAUCCGUGAAUAUCUCGCUCCCAGAGCCGGGAUCGAAACACACUUAUCGCGGAAAUGGCAAUAUCACCUUCUCUCUGUGGGAACACGAGCGUAUGGCAGAUCUAGCGGUAGACGGUGUAUCGGUUCUUCUCAACGACGUAGAGCGCUGGCGCGGUUACCUCGAUGAAGAUAAGAACGGAGAAUUCACCUGGCAUCGCCAUGGUCAUGAUGGCCUGGAAUUACAGACAAACCCCCGUCUGGUCAAUCGUGAUUUGGACACUAACAUUGAUACCAAAUCGGUUUCUGAUAGUGACUCUGAUGAUAAACCCGAAGAUCUAUUUUUCCGAUUCGCAUUUUUGAGAGGCUCCGAGGCUGGCGUCUACAGCCCGACAGGAGUCUGGCUGAGCGAUGGCAUGUGGUGGCCCCCGGCGCCUCCGAAGAAAUAG